AUGGAAAGAAAUCGUCCAUUCCAAAAUGCAUUGCAUUCCCUCAAAAUCAUUUCAUCCGUCCCUCGUGUUUUUUUUCAUUACAUUCCUUCUUCACCCUUCAUUAACAAUACCACAACCCACCACCGUUGUUACCACACACCACCACUACCACCACCAUCGUCAUCCGCCGUCGCCACCCACCUCCGCCGCCACCCGUCACCGUCGCUGCCACCACCUACCGCCGCCACCCACCUCCGUCCUCGCCACCGUUGUCGCCGCCACCCACCUUCGCCACUGCCACCUCCGAUCACUGCCGCCACCGCUAUCAACCGCCACCACCCACUUUCGUCGCUGCUACCACCUCCGACCACCCCUGCCACCACCAUCUCCACCGCCGCCACCUACCUCCACCGUCAUCCACCACCACCACCGAUGUCACCAACCGCCGUCGUCUCCACCCACCACCACCGCCAACCGUCGCCGCCGCUACAACUGACACCUAGCACCACGCCCCAUCAUCGCCCAUCACUGAUCAUCGCCAUCUGA